GCUCGGCUUUGCGGGCUGCUACUUCCGGGUCAGAGGUCGGACGGUCCGGCGCGACUUAGGCCAUGGUGCAGCUCCGACCGCGCGCGUCCCGCGCUCCGGUGUCGGCGUCGGCGAUGGUGGACGAGGGCCAGCCCGCCUCGGAGGAGGCGGAGCACGGCCUGUUGCUCGGGCAGCCCAGCAGCGGCGCGGCCGCCGAGCCGUUGGAGGAAGACGGGGACGGGGAUGACGAGCUGGACGACGAGGCCCCAGAGGAACUGACUUUCGCCAGCGCCCAGGCGGAAGCGAGGGAAGAGGAGCGGCGAGUUCGGGAGACGGCGCGCAGGGACAAAACACUCCUGAAGGAGAAGAGGAAGCGACGCGAGGAGCUGUUCAUUGAACAAAAGAAAAGGAAACUCCUUCCAGACACUGUUCUAGAGAAGUUAACUACAGCUUCACAGACAAACAUAAAGAAAUCACCAGGAAAGUUAAAAGAAGAUAAUUUGCAGAAGAAAAAUGAAGAAUGUGAAAAAGGAAAUGAGUCCAAGAAAGCUAAAGAAAAAGUACAGUCUAUUGGCCAGAAUAAAAGCUACUUGGCUCUAAGGCUAAAAGAUCAAGAUCUGAGAGAUUCAAGGCAACAAGCAGCCAAAGCCUUCAUACAAAAUUCUCUGUAUGGUCCAGGAACCAACAGAACUACCGUAAAUAAGUUCCUGUCUCUUAACAAUAAGAGGUUACCAGUGAAAAAGGCCGCAGCCCAGUUUUUGAAUAAUGGUUGGGGAACCCAGAAAAAACAAAAUGCCAAGAGGUUUAAAAGACGGUGGAUGGUCAGAAAGAUGAAAACUUCUAAGAAGUAAAUCAAAGCUAAAUGAAGAGUGAGAACUUUGUAUGUAUGGAACUUAUAGUUAUUUAGUUUAGAAGAUUAAUUUAAAAUUAAUAAAUGUAAUAAAAAUCUAAUAAAUCAUUUUAAAGGA